CAGUGAAACGUGUAGGAACUGUUCCGUUAAAAGAAGAAAGUAUCCUUUCGAUAUUAAGUAGUUAGUUGUGAAAAAUUGUUAAAUUUGAAAAAAAAAAAUGUUUUGUUUUUGUUUAUAAAAUUGUUAUUAACUUUUAAAAGGACUUUGUUAAUUUAUCCUCUGUUUGUUAUCCCGAAAAGUGUUAUAAACGUCAAAAGGAAAAUUUAUUGAAAUUACACAAAACUAAACCAAAUAAUUAAACGACCAAAAAAUAGAAAAGUUUUUAGCGAACAACAAAUAAACUUGUUAAAUCAGUAAAAAAAGAAAUCAAAAUUUCAAAUAUGUCGUUCUCCAAAGCUAAACUAAAGCGUUUUAAUGAUGUUGAUGUAGCUACAUGUGGUUCACCUGCCCGUCAUGCGGUCAGUAUCGAUAAUACUGGUACACCAAUUGCUGCUGCUGCUGCCACUUCGUCAUCAUCUUCUGCCCACCCGGAGCGCAAAGAACAAAUUGAAAAAUUCUUUAAAGAUGCCGUUCGUUUCGCCACUAGUUCGAAGGACGCCAAAGAGUUCGCCAUUCCCAAAGAGGGUGGAAUAAAAGAGGACAAGGAUAAAAAGCCAAAAGGCUUGAGACUUUUCCGUACACCCUCAUUGCCACAUCGUUUGCGUUUUCGUCAGAAUUCAGAUGUAACAGCAGCUGCUGUUAGUAACAACAACAAUGCGGGCUCCUCAACGGCCAGUUCUACUCCAUUGCCUUCGACAACAACCACCCCCGUUAAAGAAUUACCCAAGUCUGCCAGCCGUUUGAAAGGCAAAGAAGCAUUGCAUCAAGAAAUUCGUCACAAAAACGAGUUGAUGGACAACUACAUCAGUCAGAUUGAUGUACUGAAGCGUCAUGUUGAUCAACUUAAGGAAACAGAGAGUAAAUUGCGCGAGGAACACUCAUGUAUGCAACUCAAAACUGAAGGUGUGAUUCAAGAGCUGACCACUGAGAACAAGGCCGUAAAGGACAUGAAUGAUCAGUUAAUGGUCGAUAAUGCAAGACUUAUCGAAUGUAUUGCUCAACUAGAGUCAGAAAUGCGUACUAUCAAUGAAAAGCACUCUGCGGAGGUUGGUAAAUUGUCUGAUAUUAGUGAACAGCUUAGAGCCAACAAUGAGGAGUUGGAAGCUACCAACAAGAAGCAAUUGGAAAAGCACGACUUAAUGCAAUCUCAAAUUUCCAAACUUGAUCAGGAGAUUAAAGAGGCUCGCGAACGUUUAGCUUCAGAUGACGAAAAAGCCCAACAAAACUUCGAGCUCAUUGAAAACUUAAAGAAUAUGAAUGAGUCUUUGAUUGGUGAUGUUGAUAAACUCAAAAAGCAAAUCGAGCAGGAUGCUUUGUCAUACGCUCAAGAAACAAAAACCACCCAAAAUGAAAUGGAGUGUCUGAAGAACGAGCGCAACACAUUGAAGAACGAUUUGGCUAGUAAGUGCGACUUCAUUAAGGCAUUGCAAGAUGAACUUUUAGACAAGAAUUGCGAGAUUGAUGCCCACUGCGAUACGAUACGUCAGCUGUGUCGCGAUAAAGCUCAGUAUGUAGAAAAGGAACGUCUGAUGAACACAGCCGAGGAGAAGGUUCGCUUUGCCGAAGUUCAAGCCGAACAGAAGGUGCAAAAACUUGAGUCCGAUCUUGAAAAUGCUGUAGAGCGUGAGAAAGCCUAUUGGCGCAGCGAAUUGGAUAAACGUCAACAAAUGGCUGAAAACGAGAUCAUCAAGAUAGAGUUGGAGAAACAAGAUGUUAUGAUAUUGCUUGAAAGCACCAAUGACAUGUUACGUGAACGUGAUGAAAAGAUCCAAAAGUACGAAGAUCAAUUGCGUAACGGUAUCGACUACUACAUUCAACUUACCGAUAAUCUCCAAAAGCAAGUAGUGGAUCUGAAACAAGAAAUGGCCAAAACAAUUACUGAAAAAUACAACUACCAAUUGACGUUGAACAACACACGUUCGACCGUAAAUAUUCUCAUGGAACGUUUGAAGAAGUCUGACGCUGAUGUAGAACAACUGAAGGCUGAAUUGGAGUCAUUACAGUUGGCUAAAGGUGCAUUGGAACAGAGUUAUCUCAAUUUGCAAGCCGAUUUGGAGUCUGUCAGGAUGCAGCUAUCAGAAUCGGAGUCCACUCUCCAGGCUGUCCGAGCUUCAUCGGAAACACUACAAAAAGAGGAGCGCAUCGAUGGCGAUGCUGCCAAAUACCUGGAUAUGUACAAUGAGCUGAAGAACAAGGACGAAUCACGUGAAGUGUACAUGCAAGACAUGAAGAAGGCUCUCGACGAAUUUGCCACCGUUUUGCAAUUCGCUCAGCUGGAGCUGGACAACAAGGACACCACUUUGAUCAAGGUACGUGAAGAAUGCGAACAGCUCAAGCUUGAAAACAUUACCCUCAAGUCAAAGGUCGAUGAAAGCUCAGUUAAAGUAGCCACACCCGCCAAAAAGAACAGUACCGAUAUGGAGAAAAUUGAAGGUUUGUUAAUCGAUUCCGAUUUGAGAUCAGAAUGCGAUAAAAUUGCCACCUGGUUCUUGAACUCCACCGAAAAGAGUGUACGCACCGAAAGCUCUAACGAAAUCAGUGAAUUGUUGAAACCCACUACACCGAGUAAAGCAGUUCGCACGUGCACCACACCUGUACGUUCUUCGGGUGGCAAAGCAGUGGUAACCAGCGUGAAUACGCCACGUACCCCUCGCACUCCCAAGAACUCAACACAUACACCGCGCACCACACCCAAGAAAACCGUUCUGUUCCCAGGCAAGGAGAAUAUACCAAGUCCACAGAAACAGGUGCUAAAAGCGAGAAAUGUUUAGAAUGUAGCAAAUCGAGAGAGAACGAUAGACGACAACUAUGUUUAUUUAUACUAACUAUACAUUUUUAGAAUAUUUAGAAUUUAAACGUAGGCAUAAUUCCUUAAUAAGCUAAACUUAUACUUAUACAAAAAUUCGUUUAGAUAAUAUAAUAUUUAAAAUAAAAAAUAUAUAUGAUAUACCCUACCUAAGCAUUCCUAACUAACUUUGUGUAUUCAAAUUGUGCUUAUUUAUAAUUUUAUUUUAAUAAUUUUGGUAUCAAAAUAAAACAAGCAAACAAACAAAUCUAAA